CAUUGACAAGUUUCAACUUUCAAUGCAUUUCAAAAUUAAAAAUUGAUAUUUUUAAUCGUAUUUUAUCCUUAUAGUUUAAAACCAUAAAAAUAAAUAAUUCUCGUUUUUAAUUACAAAGUAGUAAGUACUUAAAUCGUAUUCUGUAAACGACCUUGCAUACCACCGAUAUUGUAAUUCAUAAACAAGCGUUUUAGGAUAAAGUAUCUUGAACACUAUUGAUUUAUAUCAGCAGAAAAAUCAGUAUAAACAAAGGAAAACUAGUUUAUCAUAUUAAAUUACUAGCAUUGAGUAAACAAGCGACAAACAUGCUGCCUCGUUCCUAUUACGCUGACCAAGAAACACACCGAAAACGACAAAUUGAUACGUUGAAGAUCUUCAAUGAUAAUGUGACAGAAUUGAAUGAAAAUUCGGAAUACAGAGUGGAAUUCGGCGCUGAUGGUCGGAAUUUCAGCUUAAACGUGGUAUUAAACCCGGAAUUUCCAAAUGAGAAGCCGAGUAUUUUUAUAAAUCCUGUGAUCCCUCAUCCCUGGCUGGCUGAGAAUUCAAAUCAAGUUGUGGGUGCUCCGGGUUUAGUGAACUACACGCCGCAUUCUGAUUUAGGACGUGUGGUUCAAGCUAUAAUACGUGAGUUCCAGAAGUGUGUGCCCAAUCUGCUGGCUAAUGAGGACAAAUCAACGGACACGAGCCCUCAGUCGCAGUACAGCACCCAGUCCUUGAUGUUCCCAGCACUGAGUGAGCUGACUGUUGAGGAGCUGCAAGAGAUUAUAGAGAACCCAGACUUGCAGGACAAACUGUUAGAAACAACCCCACAGCUGGUGGAGCUGGAUCUAGAGACUGAGGAAUUGAUGACCAGCAUAGAGGAGAUAGCUCAGGAUAACCUCAGCAAACAGCAAAUGCUUGACAGUCUCAAGUCUGAGGUGUUAGACAGAAUCUCAACCAUUGUCCAAAUGAAGAUGAACUAUGAGGAAUUGAACAGGAAGCAUCAGAAGUUAUCGGAGAUGUACGACCCAUACAGAAUCAGAUUCUGUCUGAAGCAGGCAGCCUUGAAAGCUGACGAGGAUGCAGAAAGUAUUGCAGAGCAAUUUUUAUUAGGAAACAUUCCUGUGGAGACUUUCGUAGCAAAAUUUGCGGAAAAGCGCGCAUUAGGUCAAGCGAGGCGCGCACGAGAAGAGCGGCUAGCGCACCAACUAGCGCAGCUUGACAAGGCUACAACAUAGAAUAUUACAAACUCAUGUUAUAUAUAAGUAAUUAUUUAUAAUCUAGUUAUUAAUAGGACAUGUUUUUUUAAUAAAACAUAUACAGGUGUCCCGUAAUUACACAAAUACAUCACCUUAUUAUCUAAAACUAAUUUGAAUAGUUUUCCAAAAAUCCCUAGGGUGACCCUUAGUUACAUUUUUUUUCGGGUUUUAUAAUUUUUUCAUUCUUGAAUCAGUUUUUUCAAUGCUGUAACUGUUGUAAUUAAGAUUUUAAAGAUCUGAUUUUUGUUAAACCACCUGAGUCGGUUCAAUGCCUUUCGGGUCCACACCUGCGAGUCGAGAAGCUGAAAUGGCAAUGGGCCGGACAAAUCGAAGAAGCGUUAUUGUUGGGGUCCCAAGGUGCUGGAAUGGCGACCCCGCACCGAAAAGCGCAUCAAUGAUGUUCGACCCCCAACAGUUGGACAGUUGCAGGGAGCCGCUGGAUGCUGGCUGCUCGAGACCGUUUUGUUUGGUAGUCCAUGAAAGAGGCCAAUGUCCAGCAGUGGGUGUCCAUCUGCUGAUAGUAAUGAUAAUGUUCUUAUAAUAAUUAGGAGUGUCUGGCUGUCAGCUUUCGGCCCAUAUAUGUAUUUGUUAAUGUUAAUUUUUUGUUGUUUUUACCUGUCAAAAGUGUCCUAUUAAUAUAGGCUAUCAAAAAUGUUGCUGUUACUGUUUUUAUUGUUACUAUUCGUAUCAUAGUAUCUUAAUAGUUAGCUGAUCUUUAACUUGGGGUCCAUUUGGAGUUUGUAUUUCCCUAGACCAGUUGAAGAUUGGCCUGAAAUAAUUCAGAUAUUAGUCAUUAAAGUAAAGGCAUUCCAUAAAUACGUGUAUUGUUCAAUGAAUUAAGUAUGUAUGCACCAAACUUUCAGUUCUCUCUGACAUUGCAAACACGCCGAUUUGUGCAGCUAUUAUAUACAGGAUGUUUGAGAGUAUUUCCCAACUAACUACUAGACUGAUUUGAAAUUUUUUUUCACCAAUAAAAAGCUACAUUAUUAGGGAGUAACACAAGCUAUAUUUCCUCCUCAUAUCCCCAUAGGAAUGGGAACUACGCGGGUAAAACCGCUUGGGUCUAGUAUAUAACUUCGCUGGCAUAUGUUUUUGUCCACUGCGCAACAAUACACCUCGUGUUCAGAGCGGACUUGAAGUUUGGCGUAACUAUAAUAAUAUAUGUAAGGUAGUGUCAAGGUGGAAUUAUAUUUGUCUGACGUGUCGUGUCAUGACAUCUGAAUCGGUAUCAUACUUACUUACUUCCUUACUUCCUUCGGCGCUACAACCCUUUGUGGGUCUUGGCCUCCUCUACCACUUUUUUCCAUCCAUUUCUAUGCCUUGCCUUUUUUUCCCACCCAGAUAAUUUUUUCAUUUUUUGCAGGUCCUCUUUCACACAAUCUAGCCAUCUUUUUUAUGGUCUUUCUUUUAAUCUUUUUACCAGUGGCUGAAUCGGUAUCAUACUGUAGGAAAUAGUUGUCUGAGACGGAUAUGACGUCAGGUGGUACGACUUGGUUCCGUAAAGAGUGGGGAGUUAGAGAGGGGUAGCGGUAACAAGUCAGACAAAUAUAAUUCCGCCUUCAGAAUUGAUACAAAAGAUAGUAAUAUGUAUGGUAGGUACUGAUUCAAUGAGAACAUAUUUUAUACUAUGCUCAUAAGUAUUGUAGAUAUGUUGUACUUGUACUGUGAUGUAAUUACAAAGUUGGAAAUGAUUAGAUUUGAAUACAUUUGAAAUUAAUAA